UUACAUUUCAGAAUAUCUUACAUAAUAUCAGAACUUGCGUAGAAUAUCGAAGGAAGUGUGUGUCACUGUAUCCUCUUGCAACAGUGUCUCAUUAUGGAUUAUUGUGGUAAUUAUAUGUGUUGGGGAAGACGUCACUAGUGCAUCAUCAUUAUUUUUAUCGACUCUACAAAACCAGUGAUAUAAGAUUCAAUAUAAGAUUCCCUUCUAAGGAAGGCAUCGCGACAUAUUGCAUAUUUGUGGUGAAACGAAACUGACGCCAGAAAACGAUCUAGAAAAAAAAAAGUCCGAAGAAAGCUCGUGAAAUAAACAAAAGACAAACGAAAAAAAAAUGUAAUGUAUCAAUUUCAUAGUGGCAGGAAAGAGCCAACCUCAGAUCUCCGUGACAACGUGUCCGUCAAUUGUCUCCCCCCGAUUUUCCUUUCCGGCACUCGGCCCUCUUCUUCACUCCCCCUCCCCCUCCUCCACCCCCACCACCCACCACCUCCUCCUCGAGGCAUGACUGGCUCUUUUGAGUGUCUCUAAUUCUGUCGUUUUUUUUUUUUUUGUCUCUUUUCCUAUUCAGUAUUUUAUGAACAAACGGUGACAAUGUUAUCUUGCUUCUUUGUGUGAGGAAAGUGCUCGUGUUCUGGAAUACCUGUGGCAUAACUUGGACCGAAUUCACAAAAUGUUACUCAAGAGAACAAUUGCGUAUGCACUGACUUGCAUCGUGCUGCCAAACUGUGUGUGUAAUGCAGCGGCAACCGCGCAUAUAAAAAGCCUCACCAUAAGGAGAUCUGAUCCGCUGUACGAAAUCCUACGAUCUCCGAAGUCCCUCAGUAGGAGGGAUUCUUCUUCGGCUACUGAAGGCGUUUCUGUCCAGCACCCAGAGCCACAAGCUCCGUUGCGGCCUCUAGAGCUGGAUGUGCUCAGCGAAGAUGACAAAGAAAGAAGAAUGGGCGGCGUUCUGGUUUAUUAUCCUUACCCGGAGGCUCCAGACGCCAUGCAGAACGAACAGAAUUACCUGGAAAGCCAUGUGGAUGACCCACCCUUUGAGGUUCCAGACGUGAGCCCGUCCGCGCUGGAGUAUUUUCUGGUCAAAAAAGCCAUGUCUCGAGAAGGGGGAGCCGAAAAUUCGGGUCUGGACAUCCGGUCUCGUCUAGGAGAAACCACGUUGCAAAAAGUGAUGCACAAGAGAGACCCGGCCAUCGGCAAACCCUACCAGAAAACGCUGGUGGUUUCUCCUUCCUCUUCCGUCAAAAAAGACCUGUCUGCGGACACCAGGAGUACCAGGAGGAGGAGGGACAGGAGACCUCCCACGAGUCUCGUGGCACCUGCAGCUUCUUCUGCUCAGGACGACGACGACACGGACGGUAAAACGCUAAUAAGGCCGCCGGUCCUGAAGAGAGAAAAACGAUAUUAUCCAAAAGCUCGGAAUAAUGAGUUGAUCGCCACCGACGAGUCUGACCCAGUUCCAGUCGGCGGGAGCACGGAAGUGGCCUCUGCCCGCCAAUUCUCGAUCGGAAUCGGAGGGAUUGUCAAUACGAUCACCUUCGGGUUUUUCCCGAGGCUUCUCACUGCGCUUGAGAACCCCGCCAUUAUAGUGAUGCUUCUCAUUUUAAAUGGAUGGUUCGCCUAUGCAACGUUCUCCGGAUUCUUGUUCAACCCGGGAAUCAUCAUCAACCCCAAUGGCGACGGGGGCGGUGGAGGGAGCAGUUCUUCCUCCUCUUCGUCAGGAGGGUCCUCCUCCAGCAGUUCUGGAAUAAGCGUCAUCGCUGCCAGCGUCGCCGGCGACACCCCCAUCGAGGUUGCACCUCCGUCUGUGACGGGUGAUUCACCUAUCCCUGUGUUAACUGGAGACGAAGCUGGUAUAUUGGAUGGGCCAGUUGGUGCAGCUUCCGGAACAGAAGAAGGUGUUCCUCCUCCAGAAGGUGAUGGUACUCCAGGAGGUGGAGACACUUCAGGAGAUGGAGGUACUCCAGGCGGCGGAGAUACUUCAGGCGGCGGAGAUACUUCAGGCGGAGAUACUUCAGGCGGAGGAGAUACUUCAGGCGGCGGAGAUACUUCAGGCGGCGGAGAUACUUCAGGCGGCGGAGAUACUUCAGGCGGAGAUACUUCAGGCGGAGGAGAUACUUCAGGCGGCGGAGAUACUUCAGGCGGCGGAGAUACUUCAGGCGGCGGAGAUACUUCAGGAGCUGGAGGUACUCCAGGAGCUGGAGAUACUUCAGGAGGAGGAGAUACUUCAGGAGGCGGAGAUACUCCAGGUUUAGUUUCUCCCCCAGAAGUUAUUCCUCCUCAAGUUGCCCCUCCAGAGGUUCCAGGGAGCGAAACUAUUCCAACUGAUGGAGCUGGAUCAGGAGACAAUUUACUUCCAACCAUUCCAGUUAUUUCUCCAGUGGUUCCAGGUGGUGGAGCCGCCGUCAUAAGACCUUCAUCAACAACGGAUAAAGAAUACGGGCAUGUGACUGGGGCUUCUACACAAGGUGAAACAACGGAAGGCAGUCACGAGACGCUCUUGAUAGAUGGACAAGUCUGGCAGAUUGUGUCCAACAUUUCGCAAGCUAGUUUUACUCCCACUGACGGAGAUAAUACAGAUGAUUCCAUUCUCCCACUGCCAGCACCACGGCCUACUCCUUCUGAAGGAGCAGUUUCAAUUUCAUGGAUAGGAACUACAGAUGGUAGUGCUCUUAUUGGAGAAGGUGACAAUGUUGGUAACACUGAGCAGCCAGAGCCAACAGUUGCACCAAGCUACCCGGUCCUCCAUGCUUGUUUAGUGCUUGGUGGAGAUGUGCCCUCUUGUGUUGCACAAGCCGAGCUCUAUGGGCAGCUGCUGUACGAGCAUACCAUCAAUGCUUUACAAAAACCUUCGCCUGAGGAUGCCACAGAACAGCCACACUUGACUCCAGAAAUGAUUGACAAGAUCACAGAAGCUUCACUUCUUGGUGUAGAUAAAAACCAGUUUGUGCUCAGCAAUUUCCCUCAUGCUUCCUUCUUACAGCCAGCGGGGCAGGAGCCAAUAAAAGGGGAUGUCAUAGAGAGUGGUGAAUUGCCUAGCCCUGAGCCACAACACAAACCACUCAUUCAGCAGAUCCUGUCACAGAUACAAGUAGCUCAGGCUUCCACUCCUUACGUUGAACUAAUGCAGACUACAAUCAAGAAUAAGACACUGGUAGCAGGACAUAUACAAGGAGUAGAUGGGCAAAAUGAGCGACCCACCCCAUCUGCUAUGCUCUCCCAGGAAUCUUCCGAGCUGGGUGUAAGCCAUACACCUGUGAAAUAUCCUAAUAAGGAAGAUCACAUAGUGUCCCCGGUUGAUGAUUAUCCUUCAACAACACCAGAUUCUUUUCAGACUCACUCUCCUAUCUUGACCAUACAAGAAAAACCACCAAACAUAAAUAUCAUAACAGAACUCCACCCACACGCACAAUUAGUCACAGAGUUGCCUCCAGAUGAUGAUGAAUUACUGAUAGCAAAUGAACACCCUCAUGCUGUGUUGGUGGAGAAUGACCCACCUAAUGCUGAGGUUAUUCAAACCUUAUAUCCCCCAGACCAUUUACUAGACGUUAUACUAACCCAUCAUGAUCAACCCCUUACAAACAGGGAAGUUGAUUCUUCUAAAGACAAAAAAUCAAGGGCUGCACGAAUGCACCAUUCAUGGAGACGUGGUUAGCCGUUUCACAUAGGCAGGGUUCGCCAAAAUUAUUUAAAAUAGCAGUAAAUCAUUGAUGUAUUCAGUACAUCAGUCCACUGUCUAGAAUCCAAGAAGUUUAUUUUGAAAUAUAAAUACAAUAAAACUGUUUCUUCUACAUAGUAUAUGUACAAUACAGUAUUUAUUGUAUAAAGAUAUGGCCAUACAAAAACAUUUAAAAUAAAUAGUAAAUUAAUAGAGUAACUGCAACUACAAGUAUUAACCAUCCUGCAUGUGUUGGUAAUGUCUGUGUACUAAUUCACAUACUGUAAUUUUGUCACUGUUACUAUAAUGGCAGUAUGAAUCCCACAUUUCAAAAUAAUGCAACUAACACUGCUGUUCUUACAUACCAAAAUAGGUAUAGUAUACCAUGAGGCUGAAUUUUAGUCUUUUAUAUAAGUAUUGUCUUCUGCCACUAAUACGUAUUACAAUUAUUUUAUUGAAAAGCGAACACAGUUUGUUCCAAUUUUGUCAGUGAUGUUAUUUCUCAAGGUAUCAUACAUGUUAUUUGUAAGUGUUACAGGAGAUGAAUUAGGAAAUAAAACUGAGCAUACUUUAUGUGCUUGUUUUUAAUGUAUUAUUUAGGCUUAGAGCUUAAGAAGUUGUUGCCAUUUAUCAUAGAUAUAUAGUAUUACUAUAUUAAAAAUGUCAUUCCUAUUAUCUUAAUCUUAUAGUUAAUUCUUGUAACCAUUUGUGAUAAUGUUCACAUGUGUAUGCCUCUCAGUUCUCCUGCGGUGAUAAAAAAAUUUCUUAGUGCCAAUUUCUUGGUGCAUGAUUGGUAUUUCUAAUAUCAUCUCAACCUGCAUAGUCUAUAAUUAAGGACUUCAUUGAUUUUGAUGAAUUAUAUAUUCCAAAUUAGCCUAUAUUCUAAAAAGCCUUUUAUUACUGUCAUAAGCUCUUGUGUUUAUUAGAAACUGCCUAACAUCAAUGAAGAGCAAGGAAGGACUUUCUUUGGCACAGUAUGGAACUUGUUUUCAACAAAGACAGGAAAUUUUGCAAAUACUGUAUCACGAAACCCUUGUAUUGACUCUUAACGUUUACAAACAGCAUGGAAAAGGAUCUCUUAAUGGGCUGUGCAAAAAUACCUUGUUGGCAGUCAUAGGAUAAUGCAACACCCUGCUUCCUCCACAAAUGACAUAUUUAUUUACGCGUGACAUUAGUGUUAAAUUGUUGCUGUAGUUUUUUUCUUUUUCCUGUUGUUUAAUUCAUGACUGUCAUUAGUUUUGUUUUGUUUUAUGUUAAUAUUUAUGCUAUUUAUUUACCUAAUUUAUUUUGGUUAUUAUAUAUUUACUUGUACCUCUCCGUUAGAAGUAAUACUUUGUUAUAUCAAUAAUUAAAUGACAUACUUUUGUUAUGACUGAUCUUAUAUCCAUAUCAAGUGCUGCAUUAGAUUGAUAAUCUCAAUAUUUGCACCAGGUGAAUUGUUUUCUUCAAGUGAGCAGGACUCGAGAUAUCAAACAUAACACCAAAAUACAGCUUUCUAUUUUUUGAUAGUGGAUUUUUUUCCUAUCUCAAAAUUUUGUUUUAACUGUAAUGCAUAGCAGUCUCUAAUAUCCACUUAAGAAUUGGAUUUAACAGGAGCCACAGCACAGCCACAUUUUCUUUCAUUUAUAGAAAGGCGAUUGAACUGGAAAAGAUUUGGUGCUACAAUACAUGUUUAACAUUUCUGAUUAGAGAGCUUUAGAGGCAAGUGGAUCUUAGAGCUGACUUCAUUACCUUCUGAAGCUAUCAAUGGGAAUCCAUUUUACAAUUUGCUUCGCAAUUUCAGACAAAGAGGAUUAUUCAUUUUCCUGUCCUUAUAUUGAAAAAAUUUGAACAAUAAUUUGUCUCAUGUGGCCAACUCAUUUUGUCCCAAGAAGUUAUGUCCUCAGAAGCAGCUAAUGUUUACAGAGUUCUAUUAUCCUAAGCUGUGUUUAGUUUUAUCUGUUAUCAAUUUUCCAAACUGCGCAACUUAACGUAGCUCCAAAUUUCACCUCGCUUAAAGAAAAUAAUGAAGUCUCGCCCUAGUGAGCCAAAAAAUGUGACUCAUCUGUAUAAAAUAUUAUUGUAUUCGAAUUACUUUUUAAUGUGGAUCUAAUGAUAACUCGAACAGUGUGUCAAUUGUCAAACCAAAAGCCAAGCUACAUUGGUAGGGUAUCUAAGGAGUUCACUCAUCCUUGAAAUUUGAGCCCAAAAGGAAUUUCGUACUGAAACUUGCAACUUACAUGAUCCUCCAAAUCAGAGUUCAGUUGUUCCACAAAUGUACACCAAUUUUAACAUAUGUGCUGGUCUCUCAUUGAACUUUGCUGGUCUCUCAUUGAACUUGACUCCCUGGGAAUAAGUUAAUACUGAUAUACAAAUUCUAUCAAUGCCAAUUGUUUUAUUCAGCUGAGCAUGUUUUAUCAAUUUCUAAUUCUGGUGGGAUUUGCAAUAUGGGCAGCUUGUAUCCAGUAGGCUUUUAUGUAAAUAUUGUAGCAAUAGAACUAUCUGUCUGUAAAUAAAAAGCAUUUGGGUUGCUUAAAGCGGUGGGAAGAGGCCUUAAACAUGGUUAUAUUAUUGCUCGAACAUUGUUAAUUUUUUAAAAUAAAUUUGCUUAUAAAAUAUGUUUGCUUGGCCUUGUCUCUUUUGCAUCUUGUAACACAGGGGUUCAAACCUGAAAGUAUACCUAGCUUGAGUUAACAGCAAGUUCGACCCACUUUUUUUUUUUAGCCAUGGAUGCCAUAGUUCAGUUCCCGAAGCUAAUCACAAGUAC